AUGGUACGUUCCGCAAACGUUGGAAGCAAGAUUGCCGGCAUGUUUUCGCGGGCGAAGGUCCUGCUCCCGGGGUACCGGCGGGCGGCGAAGGAGUUGGCAGAACGCCAGCAGCUGGGGUUAGAGUUCGCGGCCUACAAGUGGAAGAUGGCCGUGGGGGGCGUCGCCUUCACGGUCUUGAUCCUGAUCCUGGUCCUGAGCAUGGUGAUACUGCUGCGGUGGUGGGGUAAGCGCCAAGCGGACCGUGAGUCCGCCCUGGUGCACACCGUUGAGGAAUCAAGGGCAGAAACUGCUACAGCCAACGAGAAGACAAUGCUUAUCGAAGCCCAGCGAGACCUCCAGCGCUUGGGGAUGCUCUUCUUGAACGGCGCCAUAAUCAAGGAGGAAGAGAAGACGAAAAAGGCGGAACGUGACUUGGCGACAUGUCGUGCCAAGUACGACGUACGUGCGACGCUCUGA